UUUCCCGUUAUUUCUAUUUGUUAUUUCCAUUUGUUGACGCAAUGUCUUCAAUGAGCGAUUUUUUGUCUUCUUUCGCUGAAUUGGCACAAGACGUUUCUGAUAGUGAACAAUCAUCAGACAACGGAAGUGUAUCAAAUAGUGACGCUGAACCCGAAAUGCGAGAUUCCGAAGGCGAAAUGCAAGAUUCUGAAGGUGAAACGCAAGAUUCCGAAGGCGAAAUACAAGAUUCCGAAGGCGAAAUGCAAGAUUCCGAAGGCGAAAUGCAAGAUUCCGAAGGCGAAAUACAAGAUUCCGAAGGCGAAAUGCAAGAAGACAAUAUAUCAGAAACUGUGGAUAAUGUAGUUCCAGAAAACCAGGAAUCUGAACGUAAUUGGCAACGUAUUGGAUUUAGGAAGGAUACAGCGAUUGCCUCUCGUCAAUGUUCGCUGACAACAAAAAGUGAACAUAUUCAAACGAUAGAUGAAUCUUUCCAUUUGUUCAUUGAUGAUGAAGUCAUAAAUAAUAUUAUUUUAUACACAAAUAAGAAGGCAAAGGAGUGCAUGCCGCCCGAAAAACAGUGGAAACCGGUGGAUCGUACGGAAAUCGACGCCUUCUUGGGUCUUCUACUUCUCAUUGGAAGAUACAGAGAAUCAAGAGAAUGUAAACAUGAUUUGUGGAAUAUAGACAAUGCUUUGUCUCGACAAUUUUAUGCGGCAACAAUGUCGCGGGACCGUUUUGAAGAUAUACUCAAAUAUAUUCGUUUCGACGAUCCUCUUACACGUGAAGAAAGAAAAGCAGACGAUAAACUGGCACCACUGAGAGACAUUACAAAUAUUUUUGUAAAAAACUGUAAAAACUGUUAUAACGCGACAGGAACGGGUUGCGUCGGUGAACAAUUAGUUACAUUUCGCGGCCGUUGCUCCUUCAAGGUAUACGUGCCAAGUAAACCGGGGAAGUAUGGAAUAAAGAUGUGGACUCUUUGCGAUUCCAAAACAUUCUAUUGUUGUAACAUGGAUGUAUACCUUGGGAAACGUGGAAAUGCUCCAGAAAAACAACAGCGGCAACAAGUCGUGAAACAAUUAACUAAUUUUUGGAAAAAUUCGAAUCGUAGUAUAACUACUGGCAAUUUUUUCACAAAUCUUAGUUUAGGUGAACAAUUGUUGGAUGAAAAACUAUUUCUAAUUGGAACUGUGCGAAAAAAUAAACGAGAUUUGCCGAAAUCAUUAAUAGAAAUAGGAAAGCGGUCACAAUAUUCAUCCGAGUUUUUAUUUACUGAUAAAGUAACGUUAGUGUCGUACAUACCAAAGCCACGAAAAUCUGUUAUUUUACUUUCCACACUACAUCAUGAACAUAAUAUAUUAUCAGCAACAGAAAAAUUUAAACCUGAUAUAAUUAGUUAUUAUAAUACUACUAAAAGUGGCGUAGAUGGUUUAGAGGAUAGUAUAAGAGAGUAUUCGUGUAGACAGCGUACCCGUCGUUGGCCAUUAUCUUUAUUUAUGCAUUUCAUCGAUAUUGCUGCGUAUAAUGCAUUCAUUUUAUAUCAAAUAAAGUAUCCUACAUGGAAAAGUAACAAUACCUUCAAAAUGCGACGAAAAAUAUUUUUAGAGCAGUUAGGGAAGAAAUUAUGCGAAAAAAAUAUAGAUAGGCGAGCACAAUUCAAAAACCAGCAAAUAGAAUUGCAUAAAAAUGUAAGUGCAAUAGAGGCGACGGGGAGAAACAUAAAAAAAACAGAAGUAGCAGGGCAAAAGCGAGCUCGGUGUUGCUUUUGCGUAGGUAAUAACAAUAAAUACGCAACUAUUUGCGAUACUUGUGAUCGGUAUGUUUGUAGUGCCCAUUCGACACAACAACGGAAAGUUUUAUGUAAUGUCUGUAACAAUACAUAA